AAAUAGAUUCUUUCAGCUUUAAAAUAAAGUUCAGCCACAGCCGUCUGACACAGUGAGACCGAUACCCGCUGUAAUAUGCAAACGAAAAGUGCAUUUUCUCCUAGUGAAUAAGGGAGCAGGGCGGAUUGGGACUGAACCGAGCGGCUGUGGCGAAUCUGCGGAUGGGUUAGUUUUGUGCGGGGGAAACGGGUUUUGGGGCAGUUUACCGGCCGGAUUUGCAGACAAAAAUAGGGUGUUAAAAACUGUGGAGCAUGGCAGACCAGAAAACGAACAAAGAGCAGAGAUACGACAGACAGCUGAGGCUGUGGGGAGAUCACGGACAGGAGGCUUUGGAAAAUGCCCACACCUGCCUGCUGAACGCCACUGCAACUGGCACUGAAAUCCUGAAGAACCUCAUCCUGCCAGGCAUCGGUGCGUUCACCAUCGUCGACGGACACAGAGUGACCGGGGAGGACGUCGGGAACAAUUUCUUCCUCAGCAGUGACAGUAUUGGGAAGAACAGAGCUCAGGCUGCUACGGAGUUCCUGCAGGAGCUCAACAGUGAUGUUUCUGGAAACUUCGUGGAGGAGAGUCCUGACAAACUCCUGGAUAACGACCCUGAAUUCUUCCACAGAUUCAGUCUGGUCAUUGGAGUCCAGCUUCCAGAGAGUACGUGUUUGCGGUUGGGCUCAGUGUUAUGGAGCGCCGGCGUUCCGUUCCUCGUCUGUAGGACGUACGGACUCGUCGGCUACAUGAGGCUGGUGGUGAAGGAGCACACAGUCGUUGAGUCUCACCCAGAUAACGCGUUGGAGGAUCUGAGACUGGACCAGCCGUUCACUGAGCUGAAGAACCACAUCGCCACGUACGACCUGGACGGCAUGGAGAAGAAGGAUCACAGUCACACACCCUGGAUCGUUGUAGUUGCCAAAUAUCUGGAAAAGUGGUACAAUGAGCACGACUUUCAGGUACCGAAAAAUUACAAGGAGAAGGAGGCCUUCAGGCAGCUCAUCAGAGAAGGGAUUCGUAAGAAUGAAAGCGGCGCCCCUGAGGAAGAGGAGAACUUUGAUGAAGCCAUAAAGAACGUAAACACGGCCCUCAACCCCACCAAGAUCUCCAGCGCGGUGGAGGACAUCUUCAACUCGGAGCUGUGUGAGAACAUCACGUCACAGACGGUGGCGUUCUGGCUGAUGGCGCGAGGCGUGAGGGAUUUUGUGCAGAAUGAAGGGAACGGCAGCCUUCCGGUCCGCGGCACCAUCCCAGACAUGAUCGCCGACUCGGACAAAUUCAUCAGCCUGCAGAAUGUCUACAGAGAGAAAGCGCUGCAGGACGCCGCUGUGGUGGCGAAACACAUACAGUCCCACCUGCAGGCCGUGGGGAAGGUAACGUACCCCUUCAACACUGAGACCUCGGAGAGCAUCUCAGAGCAGGACAUCAAACUUUUCUGUAAGAACGCAGCGUUCCUCAGGGUGGUCCGCUGCAGGAGUCUGGCUGAAGAGUACAGCGUGGACACUUUCCACAAAGACACCAUCACUUCCUGCAUGGACAGUCCAGACAGCGAGAUGGUUCUGUACCUAAUGCUGCGCGCUGUUGACCGGUUCUAUCAGCAACACUCUCGCUACCCAGGUGUGUAUAAUUACCAGGUGGAGGAGGACAUCAGUACCCUGAAGCUGUGUGUGAACAGUCUGCUGCAGGAGUACAGCCUCAACGUCAACGUCAAAGACGACUACGUCCACGAGUUCUGUCGCUACGGCGCUGCAGAGCCGCACACAGUGGCGUCCUUUUUGGGAGGAGCAGCAGCACAGGAAGCCAUCAAACUCAUCACACACCAGUUUGUACCAUUCGACAACACGUUCAUCUACAACGCCAUGGCCCAAACCUCCGCCACCUUCCAGCUCUGAGUCCUUUAACACUCUAAAACUGUAGAACUGCUUAGGAGUCUGUUUUAUACAUGAUGCUUUUGUCAGUGUAGAGAUUGUGCUUGUUUAAAGUGCUUGAAAUGUUUCUGUUUGACGCUGCGUCACAAAUAAAUACAGGGUCUGUAACA